AUUGUUGACAACAACACUUCCUAAUAACGCUACAAACAAAGCUUUUAAGUUAUUAUUUCAAGUAUAGUUUGUAUUCAUAAAAAUCAAGAUGAUAAAAACAAAACCGUGGACUGGUGGCACUGACGAAGAAUACGAGACACAGCAUUUUGGUUUUGGGACUCAACGCCUUAAAAUCGCCGUAAGACAGAUGGUUGAACAAAAAAUUACAAACGGCGUCAAAGAUAUGGAAUCUUAUUUGCAGGAAUCUUUGGAUCUCAACGAGACAGACAAAUCUACUCUAACAAGGUCGUGUGAUAAGUUGAUUCAUUUGUAUUGUGAGCGUGCUGGACCGUCUUUGGAAAUUAUUGAUGAGGAAAUCGAACGUUUGUUGAAAAUUCCACAUAAUGUUUUGUUGCCUGAAGACGAAGUGCAGGUCGAGCAAACAUCGGAUUCAGAAUUCGAAAAGUUGAAAGAAGAGGUAGCAUCUUUAAGGAGGAGAGUUGAAAGAGGUGCAUUAAUGGAAGCUUUAUUAUCUGCAGAAGAAGAGGAGCUUGCUACAUUGGAAAAAGUAUGUGAAACUGCUAAGAAAGACAUGGAAGCUAUAGAUCUUCUUUGUAAAAGUGCUGAUAACAGUGACAGUUUGAGAGCUGUGCAGAGUGAAACUCAGUUUUUGUGUGCAAGUGCAUCAUUCUUAAAAAAACAAAAUGAUUUGUUCGAUAAAUGAUUUCAACUGUGAAGUUUGAUACUGGAAACAUUCAAUUCUAUUCAAUUAUCAUAUCCGGUGGUAUGCUAUAACAUUAUAAACAUUAAAGAUUCUAAACCUACUUUGUUCUCAAGUUGAGCGCAAAUACAUGAUUACUACUAUGAACUAUCUUUAAUAAAAUUAUAUUUCAGAUUAUAUUAAUAUUAGUGUAUCUACUUAUUUCAUUAAAGUUUAAUACCCACAUGUUUACGUUGUAGCUACAAGAUUGAUAAACUAAAAUCAGACUGUAUGUUAAGCCUUUUACUG